GUAAAUAAACAUUUCUCUGAACCUUACAUUCUGCUGACUGACACUAAUACAAAUUGUACUUACGAAAAUUAAAUUUGUUUAAUUCGUAUUAAUCUAAUCUCUGUUACUCCUGCGUCCACUUUAAAGUCUUGACUUACUUGUAUACAUAGAAAACCGCUGGAUGAACCUUUGUUUGCUUAUGUUAUAUGAUUGAUUAGCCAUUAGUUAUUUAUUUCUGAUUUUUCAUUUACUACGCGUUCAGCAAAGUGUCCCAAAUUAUUAUUAUAUAGUCAGCAAAGGUCAAGGAGGUUGCAUAAUUGUUGAACUGGAACCCACUUUGACAUUGCUAGCCCACAACUAAAAAACAUGAGUGGCACUAUUCACCAAGAGGACGCCAAUGUUGAGGAAGUAGUGAACGAAGAUACUCCCGUUUUGAGUAUAAGCCACCCUCCCCCUAAAUUAGAGAAAGAAAUUCGAAUUCCUGUCCUUAAAAUUGAACAGCUACAGCUAGAAAAAUUAGUAGGAGGAGGAAAUAAGCAUGUUAACAAUGGAAAUUCUUCGAUGAUUGAAGUUCGAGAUGGUGCAUCUCCACCCCAGUUGGAUAAAUGUAUUGAGGAUGACAACAUUUCAAUCGCAUCUUCAAGCACAACCACUCCAGACGAGUACAGUUGUAGUAUAAUGGAAUCUAUAUUAAAGCAGAGCCGUUUAACAAUCACAGAUACAUCAGAUAAGCCCAAGAAAGAAAAGGCUAAGAAGAGGAAAGCAGUCAAAUCAAAAAAGACUCUGAAACCAAAACAGCAAUAUCUAAGAAUCAAAAUUGCUCCAGCUGCCUUUGGGCGAAGAAAAGCGGCAGCGGAAGCUGAAAUAGAUGAAGAGUCGGAUAAUGGAGAAGGAUUGGAUAUGGAUGAUGUGGACGAGUCUUGUGCCAGCGACAGUAGAAGAAAACUACGAAGCCAUGGUGGUGUUAGUAGUCGUGGUGGGGGAGACGUGGAUCAAUCUGAAGACGAAAGUGAUAAACGCCAAGAUAUGAGAAGAUUGCAGUUGCAGAAAAUCGAGGACAAUAAUGGGGACCACGACUCAAGAAAAUCGGAUGACGAUGACGACGGGUAUCACGAUGAUGACCCUGAACAUGAGUGGAAACCUGUUCGGGCCGCGAUGGUUGCGGCGUUGGAGCUUGUUGCAAAAAAACAAGUAACCGAUGAUAUGAGGAUGGAGCGACGGAUAAGGAAACAGGUUUUGAAACCUUUACCUCCAAAGGGAAGAGGUAGACGAGCCAUAUAUAAGCGUUUGAACAAGCCUAUGAAAUCAUAUGAACACACUGCUGGGAUAACAACUUCUGAUUCUGUUUAUUACGACCACACCUUUUUCCAUGAAGGAGAUAUCAUAUGUUUAUUGCAAGACCUCGUUGGACCGCUUUAUCCAGAUUUGACUAGACAAAGAUUUUUUCAAAUUAAUGGAUUCAUCAAAGUUCCAACCAUGGAUGACUGUGCCAGCUUGACACUAUUAAAACGAAUCAUUCCUGUACCGGAACCUAAACCUCGGCAAGAAGCAGCAGAUGUUAUCUAUGGAGAACCUUAUCCUGACUCAAUAAAGAAUGAGGAGGAUGAAAAACAUGACGCGGAAAUGAAUGAUGAUGACGAUGAUGAUGAACCUUAUCGAUUCACAUUACUUGACUAUCGACCUGCCAAUUCUGCGGAAAUAAUGGUCGUCCUGGCUCAACUAAAAUUCGUUAUGCAUUGCCCACCAGACUUUUACUAUGGACAUGAUCUUUUAAUCAAUCGGACUUUUAGCAACAGUCGAGGAAUAUACGCACGACUCGGCCGAGAAAUUUAUGAAUAUGACGAAGAAGAACUUGGCGAAGUAAAAAGAAAAAAUAGUUUUAGUGACAAUGACUAUGACGUUGAAACUGUAAUUGAAGAGCCAUCAUCUCAAAGUAUAAAUAAUAGUAAUUCCAAUAGUGUUAAAGGUGAUGACAACGAGUCGAUAGCUAGUUCUAGUAAUUCUAUUCAAACUAAUAAUUCGAAUAACCAUAACUCAUGUUAUGGGGCUGCUGAUGCUGAAUCCAGUUCCUGUCAUGUUAUAUCAAGCAUUGUAUAAUUGUUUUAUGAUUUAUUAAAAGUGAUUGUUAUUUUUA